GAGGAAGAGGAAAGAUGGAUUAUGCGCGCAAGAUCGGGAAAUCGGACGAGCCGAAGAAAUGGGUAAAGCAGUUCACGACGAUCGUCUCGACCAGGGACGGUUUCAUAACGCCCCAAGAGUCGAUACAGGAGGAUCCCCGCCUGGUGAAUUGGAAGGGAUGGUUGGAGAGGCGGAAGGAGCAGUGCAAGCGCAUGGGAAUCAAGCUCGAUCGCCACCCCAUCGAUCAGAUACAGAAUUAUUCGUGCGAGAUGAUACGGCCGUUGGUCGAGAUGAGGAAUCUGAUCGACUGCGCCUCGUUGCCGGUGCCCGUCGUGCCCGACAAGUAUAGAGGCGGUCCAGAGUUCUGGAAGGUGGCCGAGAAAUUGCCCUCCGUCCCCUGCUUGCCGGACAUCCACUUCGCGUUGACGAAAAAGGACAUGAACAUCGCACCGGAAUUGACCUACGUCGGUUUGCCGGAGUUGAUCGAGGAGGAGAAGGAUUUCGUUUGCAUGUCGUCCAAGAAAUCGUUGUGGAAACGUAGCCAAUACCUGAUGAAACGUAAGAAGGAGUUGUCGAGGGAGAUAGGGAUGUUAAUUAGCAGGGAGCCGUACACCGGGGGAUUGGCGAUCAAGAACUACACGACGCCGAAGGAGGAGGUGAUACCGAAACUUCCAACGAUCACCGUCUACGCUUGCGACGAGGUGAUAAAGGAGGAGGACGAGGAGAAGGACGAGGAGGAGUACGAGAGGGAGAUGGAGAGGGAGAAGGAGAAAUGCACCCCUUGCGAGGAGUGCUAUCUGGAGCAGGCGGUCGUCCUCAAGAUCCAGGAUCGGGAGUUCUCUAUGGAGAGCGACUACGGAGAGUGCCGGUGGAGGGAGGGGAGGUCGCGGGGAGAGGAGGGGGGGAAGGGCGAGCCGAUCGUUUGGAGCGUGACGUUUCGCGGCAAGUUGAACAGGAGGGCGGAGAAGGACAUCGUGUUCGAGAACAAGGGGAACAGGGUGAUCCUGUACGAGUGGAGGGAGGCCGAUUACCGGCCGAGGAUAUUCCCCCUGAAGAAGUCGCCGAUAACGUGUUUCUACUUCAACAAGACGAAAGGGGUGAUCCUGCCCGGGCAGAUAAACAAGGUGCAGGUGUGGUACCUGCCGCGCGAGCCGUGCGUCUCCACCGAGUUCUGGAGGUUGGUAACCAGCCCCGUCCUCUCCCCCUCCCCGUUCAUCUUCAGGUUCUGGGGCUGCGCGGGGGACGAGCCGAGCGACUCGUGCAGGAUGAUCGAGGAGUACAUUGCUCGGUGCAUAAGGGACGACGCGAUACGAUCGGUAAUAAACGAUAUCGUGGAGAACAUAUUCCUUCACAAGAGGCCCGAGCCAUCUUACGGCAAUCUGUUCCUCGACUCGGAAUUGUUCGCGACCAAGAACCCCACGUGUUACUACACGCCGAGCGUGAUCACGGAUUUCCAUCGCCUUUACUCGCUCGCGACGAAUCAGAACAAGUAUCGGUGGAACAUGUCGCUGCUGGAGAUGCGGGAGACGAUGUUGAGGAUCAAACCGGCCGAGUACAGGGACGCUGUGUUGGCAGAGUUCGGAAAACUGUACAAACAGGCGUUGGCCUACACUCUUUACGCGCGGGUCUCGUCCAACAAGCACGAGAUAGUGUACAAUUUGUUGUGCUCGUUCUUCAAUCUGUUCGAGGGGGAGAGCGAGUUCGCGAGGAGCGCUUAUUUCAGGAAGGACAGGGGCCCUUUGCCGCUCGUCUGCGCGGAGGCCGCGGCUCCCGAUUAUCGCCGGGUAUCGGGCAAGAGUUACGUUACCCGGGCCAGGCGAAAAAGGGGGUCGCGGAUUCAGGCGGCGGGCGAGGCGGUCGCUGAGACCGUCGCUGAGACCGCCGCUGAGNNNCUUUAUCCGAGCAAUGAAUACCUUUACAAGCAAACGUUUUUCAUUCGUAUAUACAACCUCUUGGGGAACACGUUGGUUAGGAUAUUCGCGUCGAUCGAGUCGUACAACAAUUUGAACGAGCGUCACAAGUAACGAUGUAAAUAAAUACGAUGUUUCUAUUGUC